UCAAAAAGAUUAUUCGUUUCAAAAAUGUUGCUGCUUCAAAAAGUGUUCAUAUCAUUAUUCUUCUUAAGCGUUGUUCGUGGAUAUUGCCUGGAAUGUGAUAUACUUUGUACUUCUGAAGAUUGUGGUGAGCCUUUUUGUACGGGUUUGAAUAUAACAAUGGGUCUCCUCUCACCGGUGAAAAAUGUAGUGGAUGUCAUGUCAGAAUAUUUGGGACCUCUUGAAUAUUUUGGCUCAUUUAUAGGAGCAACAUUUCAAACAUUUCGAUUUGCAAGCAAUCUAACCUCUUAUUAUAAUGUGAUAAUUAUCACUGCCACAACAAAUGAAAACAUAACUCUUUUGGACUUCAUCGCCAAGUGUCAAGUUUCAUUAUUGGUUGCAGAAUAUGUAAUAUUUGGUCAUAGUGGCUAUUUUCAAAAUUGUUUAGGCGAAAAACCAUAUGAAACUCUUCUACGCAUGACAAUACCAGAGUGGCAAGAGGUUGCAAGAAUCAGGAAUGCAACUGUUGUUAUUUUCGAAUGGGGAGCCUAUGGAUUAUCUUGUUCUUCAUAUGUUGCAUUAACUAAAUGUUAUUUGUCGCUGAUGGCCCGAUUAAUUGUGAAGGUGAUAAUUCAAUGUAAAGUCAAGGGUGAAUUUCUUACAUUUGUUGCACAUAGUUUGGGAGCUCAGAUACUCGGAUAUGCAACGUAUUAUUACCAUUUGGAAACAGGCGAAAAAGUUGCGAUUUUUAUUGGUGCCGAUCCAGCGGGGCCUCUCUUUAAUUGCGAAUAUACGCUAUUCAGUAGAUGUAUAUACUACGGGUAUGCAUCAUACUCACUCAUCCUUCAUUGUGAUCCAUGGGUAAUGGGUACAAAUAAUUUCCAUAUUGGCACUACCCAUGUGUUGAGUAAAUUUGUAACUGGUAACAUGCAACCAACAUUUUCAGAUGUAAAUCCUGGUUACAGACAUUCAUAUUGUUUAAUACUUUUAAAGAAAAUACUCCUAUUGCAAAUUUCUGGAUCUUUCCAUUCAAAUUGUUUCGAUGCAUUUACUUUAAGUAACAUGGGAACGCCACAAACUUUGAGCUACGACAUGCUUCCAGGGCCGAAAGGCUAUUUGUUAACUCAAGAUUAAUAGGUUCAUCAAAAAUCUAGGGACUCGGAAGUAUUUUUUAUUGGCGUAUAACCAUGCCUAUUCACGAAUAUUUACACCUUUUAUUAUUUUUAUGUUUGGUUAUCGUGAUUCUAGGGGAUAUCCAUGCGAAUUAGAAUUAGCACAUUAGCA